AGUAAUAGUAACUAAUUUAUUCGUUAUAUUGGUACGAGAAGAAAUUCAAAUGCUUGUAACCUAAAUUUGAUACUGUGUUGUUUUUAUACUUCAAGUAUAACGUGAAGUGAUAUUUAAAAUAGCUUUUAUGAAUUUGAAUCAGCAGACAGAAACAAAUACUUCAGCACCUAAUAUAUAUGAUGAAAAGUAUAUAGAAUUUGUAAAUAAUGUAUUGAAAGAAACAUCUGAAAGUUAUGAGAAAGAAGGGAAAUUUCUAGACAGUGUACUAUUAAAUCUAUAUAAUAUUUUUGGUGAUAUACUUGAAAGAGCAUUAGAUUUGUAUGAACAAGAACGUGUAACUCAUAUUUUCCCAUCUGAAACAGCUGGAGUAGCACCACAUAGUAGCAGAAAUAAUGCUAGAUAUUUAGUACAAGUUAAGGGAUUAUCAGGAGUACCAUAUAUUUUUUUUCCUGAUAUAAAUUACUGUACUUGUGCUUCAUUUAGAUGUCAAGUGUUAAAUGAUAGGUCUUUGUUUACUUGUAAACAUGUUUUAGCAGCUUGGUUAGCAGCAAUUACAAAAGAGAAAUUAUCUUAUCAAUAUAUAACAGAGAAACAAUUUCAGAGUUUGUUGCUAUAUCAGAGUGCUACAUGUUUUGGAACUGAAAAUGGUUUAAAAUUAACAGUAGAAGAUGCAAAAUGUAUGCAAGCUAGUGCUUAUAUUCCAGUCAAUGCAUUUGAAGUAUUUAACUUAAAGGAAGAUAUAAUUUUUAGAAUAAAUUUAAAUGUAUUGGUAGAGUGCCUUUGCAUGUUUUGGAGCAACAUAAAUAUUCACGGAAGUUCUGUGGCCUUACAGCUUUUUUAUAAAGGUAUUGGACAUCCAGUGAGUAUACUUAUAGAAGAAAAUGGUGUUAUAACAGAUUGUUCUUUAAAAACUCAAGAUCCAGAUGAGCUGUUAGAUUUUCAUCUUGAACCAGAAAAUGUUCUAAAUAAAGUAGUUCUACAAACUGAAUUAUUAAAAGAUAUAUUAUCUGAACUUGAUCCAACUAGUGACUUGAUGGAGUUAUUUCUGUCACCAUCUCCACCUUUUUUUCGUAUUAGUACAGCUGGUAUAGCUGGAAUUUGUCAUAUUGAAUUACCACAUGAUGGAGAGUUAAUAGAUAACUUUCAAUGUACUUCAACAGCUAUGUCAAGUUACAGACUGUCGCAUAUUAAGCCAGCUAUGAAGGCACUACAAUACGCUAAUAAAGUUUCUUUGAGAACAGAUACAUGUGGACUACUAUGUUUUCAGUACAUGGUAAAAACUGAUGAGGGGCAUACUUGUUACAUAGAGUACUAUAUUUCACCGGUGAUAGAUGAAAAUGAAUAAUUUCAUAGUAAAUAAUGGAAUAUUGAUAGGAUUAUAAGUAACAACACAAUUUUUUACAAUACUAUUUUUUUCUGUUGUAAGUAAUGAUUCCAAUUCGUUGUAUUCAUUUUUGUAACUUUUAUUGCGUUUAUAUAAGAAAAAUACUUUCAUACAAACUCUUUGCCAUUCCAAAUUAUUCGUAUCUCUUAUGAACGCGUUCAACAUAUCCAAUCGUGGAUAUAAUAUUAAUGAAAGCAAAUAUAUAAACUAUAUCUAACGAUGCGUAAAAAA